GGCAAUGGAGGCACAAGCCAAGAAGAUGCAGGCAGCCAAACAGGCAGCAUCCCAAGAAGCUCCAGCCGAUGCAGACGAAGAGGAAGAAGCUGCUCAGCCUGUUGUCAUAGAUAUCGCAUCGUCAUCCGAGGAGGAGGUCGAGCAAAAGCCCGAAAAGCUGACCAUCGCCGAGCGCUGGGAGAAGCUACUCAACGAGACCAAGGCCAAAGUGGCUGCUGAGCAUGCCGCCGAGGAGGCAACUCAACCACGAAUUAUGCCCAUUCAACGUCGUCUGCUUAACGAAAUGGACGAGUUUGAUAGCGAAAUAGUUUGGACCAUCAAUCACAUUGUCUGGGCCUUCAAUCUGCCCACUUCAUAUGUGCUGCCCGAUCAGGUGGAGACUGAAUUCGAAGAGGCCAUUAUUCGAGUGCCACUUGAUCCCAAGAGAAUUGAUUUGAUUCCCACAUACACUCAAGUACAGCUGGAAGACGUAGUCGAUGGUUGGAUUAAGUAUUUGUUGAAAACAAUGAAAACAUUAAAGGACAGCAAGUUGGAUGAAUUCACCCCAAUGGCUGAGUAUCGCUAUUGGCAUAAAAUGGAAAUUGAUCUUUAUGGUACUCUCGAGCAACUUAAAACCGAGUUUGUGAUGACGGUACUAAGUCGCUUGACAAGCAUGGAAUCAAAAGUGCUGACGGAGUGGAACCGCGUGUUAAAUCUAACAGAAGAACGUUUCAAGUUGGCAAAAGAAAACUCUGAUUAUUUGGGCACUAUUAAAGACUAUUUGGAGAAAAUACGCAACUAUGACAGCUUUAAGAUGUCAGUACUGCAAAUUCCCAAUGUGAUGGUAGGAUUGCGUCACAUCUGGACCAUGUCCAGCUACUAUUGUCGAGACCCCGAAAUGCAGGUGCUACUCUGUGAGAUCUCGAAUGUUUUUGUACAGAAGGUCAAGAAAAUUAUCAACUUUGACAACAUUUUUCGAUACUCUGCCACUUACACCUACGAAACAGCCAACAACUGUGCUAACUUAUUGCGCUGCUGGAAACAGGCUUAUAAGAUAAGUCGCCAGCAUAUUGAAGAAUCUGGCGCUGGAUCACGUUGGGAAUUCGAUAGCGUUAAGCUCUUCAACGAAGUGAAUCAUAUAUAUCGUGUGGCUGUAGAUAUCGCCUAUGUGGGUCGAGUCUUUAUACAAUAUGAGAACCUCUUUGGACGCAACCUAAAAGCACUGAUUACCGAUCCAGCCAUUGUCGAUAAUCUAAUGCGAAAGAUUUAUCGCUUGCUAGACGAUCUCAUACGCACCGUGGACUAUGAUAUGUUUGAGCCAAGCAAUUGGGAGAAUUGGGAGUACUCGCUGGAACAGUUCAACAAACGCCUCGAGGUACUGGAAAUGGAAGCCAAAACAGUUAUCGAUCAGAGCAUCAACUCACUGCUCUCGGCGGAUAAAGGCAUCAAAUUGCUAACGAAUGCGAAUACAAUUGAUACCAGAAAAUCUUUGCAAGAGUUUGUUUCCACUAAACACGAGAAUUUACUGCGAUUCUUCAUUAGCGAAAUUAACAAUGUGGAAGCUGUGUUCACAAGUCAUAAAAAAACGCCACCAAUGCCAAAAUUGCAGCCAGCCAAAAUAAGCGCAGUUUGCUGGGUGCGUUCGUUGGGUAGAAAACUAAAGAAUUCGGUGAUGGCAUUCAAGAGUCUCGAGAAUGAUCCGGCAAUGGCGAAUAGCUUUCUGAAGCGUAGCGCAUUUAAACAAUACUUUGAGUUGAUGACAGUUUUGUUUCAGUUUGAAAAAAUGCUCUUUGAGAAAUACAUGCAGAACGCCACGUUCAUGGUAAACCACACAAAUCGCUCAAACAUACUAAACAUACAGAUUUGCAACGAUGAAACGAUGACCUACAUAUCAGAUGCCAGCCAAACACAUAGAACCAAGAGCCAUGGCGCUUCAAUUGUAGCGAAUACUUCUCAGUUUGGAACCAGCGGUAUAUUAAGCAUGACCGAUAUGUCAUCGGACUUUAAUUUGAGUCCACAAGCGAGUUUUGCCGAAGAGGAGGAUAAUACUUCCCAACAAGCCGUUGAAGGCAGUCAUAUGGGAUUUCUGUGUAAAAUUAACAGAUUCACUGUAUUGACGGCAAUGAUAAUGUGGAUGGUUGGCAAGACGCGACAUGCGAAUCAGCAACUGAAUAAGGCUGUGGCAUUUUUGCAUGCCAUUAAGGAAAAGAAAGCUAAGGAUAUAACUUUAAAAGAUCGUGAAUGUACACAAAUUUGUGAAUUGCUUGUUCGUGCCACAUCGCAAAAAAAGCUACCAAUAUGGAAGGAAAUUGUUGGCGAGAAAGUGCUCAUCGAAUACGACUCGAAUUUCGUGGUCAAUUUAAGCCGUGAAGUUUUCGAUUGUAUGUUCGAGGGUCAACUGUUUGAGCACUUGGGCUUCACUUUACCCUCAGUGCUGCGCACAGCGAUCAUGAAAAAGGAGCUGCUAUUCAAAGACUAUGAAAAGCUGUCGGAAGUCAUUAGUCGAUACAAUGGAAUCAUUGGGAAUUUAUCCAUGUCUGAAGUGGUAUUCUUACGAGAACACAUCUACGAGACGGAGCUUUUUAUACAAAUGGGCGUGGCACGAUACACAUGGAUAUCAUUUAAUAUUGGCAAAUUUUGCGAUCAAAUCAAUUCGCAAUUGCGCAAAUUGACUUCGAUUGUGUCGCAGAUUAAUUUCAUACGCCUCGAUUUACGCGAUCGCAUUGAUCAAAUCAGACGCUUUAAUUUAUUCAAUCUGGACGAAGAGACUAAUAAGAAAAAAGAGGAAGCGCUUGCUGCAGAAGCUCCUGAGGAACAAACUAAACCCGUCAGUGAUUCCAUAAAAUCCUCAACUGGACAUACAUUUACAUCUGUCACUGGAGAGAAGGUAACCAUUGUGCAGGCAGCCGACGAGCAUGAUGAGAAGAAGAAAAAGGAGGAAUUCGCCUGUGGCACAGGUGUCUAUGAAUGCCAAGGAUAUUUCGAACUAUUGGAAGCUUCAAGGAAUCGUAAAGCAGCUCGCAUGAAGCAACUCUAUGACUCCUUGGGUCCAGUGCUUAUCAAACUAGAGAGUCUGGUGUUGGGCACAUUUACUGGCAGAUCUGAAAAGAUGCGUAACUACUACGAGUUCUGGGAAGAGGAGACAUUCAAGUGUAUAAUUGACAUGACUUAUGAGAAUCUAAAGUGCUACAUUAAUCGUCUGUUAUCAAAUGAGCCAAUGUUUGAGGUUAACGCUGUUCUACUAAUGUCUGAAAUUGUGCUGGAACCAUCCACCAAUGAGCUACAGAGCGUCAUUAUUACUGCAGCCAAGGAUUUUGUGAAAAGACUUAAAUUAUUUACCCGAUGGAUGAGCGGCACUUGCCUUAACUGUCCACUAAUCGAUGCAGGUGCACAAUGGAAAUAUAAUUACACUUUCUACGAGGACGUGGUUAAUAUUAAAGAUGUAGUCAAUCUCAUCAUUAACAUACACGACUUGGCUUUAAAAAUCGUGUUGGAAGCCAAGAGCUUUAUUGUCCAAUUCCGCAAGUACUUCAAUCUGUGGGCCUACGAGAAGGAUGUGAUAUGCCAGAAGUUUGUCGAGCGCCAAGUGACGCUGGUCGAAAUCGAUGAGAAAUUUACAUUUUACUCGAGUAUUGUGACCACCCUGGAACAAAUGCGUCAGUACCACACUGUCCGAUGUGUGCGCAUUAAUUUGCGACCAUUGCUCCAGAGCAUCAUACAACAUGCCAAGGAUUGGUGCACCAUACUGGGUGAGGAGCUGUUGCGGUAUGUCAACGACAACAUGAGGUCGAUGCGUAGUGAGAUUAAAACGUUGAGCUUAAAUCUAAAUAAGACUACACGUGAAUUAGAGGACUUUAAGUUGGUCAUGCAAACGAUUGCCACAAUUCAAUCGACAACACUGACAAAUGAGCAGAAGAUUCAUGAAAUGCAGGAGACAUUCACAGUGCUGAGCGAACAUCAAAUUAUGUUCUCAUACGAGGAUAUGCUGAUGGCCCAUCACCUAGAGAAGCGUUGGAAGAGACUGUUUCUAUCGGCUCUGUAUCGAUCGGAGAAACUGCAGCCAAUUAAGCAAAAAUUUGCCGAGAUGACUUCCGGCGAAAUAGAAGUGUUCUGGGAUGAUCUUGAGGAUUUCAUCAAGGACUAUGAUGAGAAUGGACCGGGCUCUGUUGGUCCGGAACUUGAGCGUGGUGUUCGCCUAAUGGAUCCGUAUGGUCAUAAAAUUGAGGAGCGAGAACUAAGACGCCAAGAGCUGGCCAACGCUGAGCGACUCUUUGAUAUGCCAAUGGUUGAUUACCAUGAGUUUGGACGUAUUCAAACCGAAUACGAAGGAUUGCAGCAAAUCUAUAAACUGUACAGAUCUCAAAAGAAUGGUCGCGAAAUCUGGGCCAAGACUUUAUGGGUCGAUUUGGAUCCCAAUUUCCUAACUGAGGGCGUGGAGAGCUAUCUUAAAGAAUUCCGUAAACUGCCCAAGGCGGUGCGCACUUUACCUACUGGCGUUCAGCUGGAGAUUCACAUGAAACAAUUCAAGGCCACUGUGCCACUGAUGGUCAGCCUGAAAAAUGAGGCACUGCGCGAACGGCAUUGGCUGCAGCUGAUGGAGAAGACGGGACAGUAUUUUGAUAUGUCGCCAGCGAGAUUUACGCUAGAGAAUAUGUUUGCCAUGCAGCUGCAUAAGUAUCAGGACAUUGCCGAACAGAUACUGACCAAUGCCAUCAAGGAGUUGCAGAUUGAGCGCGGCGUGCGAGCCGUCGAGGAAACCUGGGGCAACAUGAACUUCAAGGUGAUCAAGCAUUACAAGGGCAUGGAGGAUCGUGGCUGGAUCUUGGGGCCAGUCGAUGAAAUCACACAAGUGCUAGAAGACAAUGCCAUGAAUCUGCAGUCGAUGGGUGCUAGUCAAUUUAUUGGCCCCUUUCUGGGUACGGUUAACAAAUGGGAACGAGCCCUGGCGAAUAUCUCGGAAAUCAUUGACGAGUGGCUCGUUGUGCAACGCAAGUGGCUCUACUUAGAGGGCAUCUUCAUUGGUGGCGAUAUACGCACCCAGCUGCCGGAGGAGGCGCGUAAAUUCGAUGACAUUGACAAGGCGUAUCGUCGGAUCAUGGUCGAUUGUGCCAAAAAUCCGUUAGUGGUGCCAUUUUGUGCAGUGCCGGGACGUUUAGUGGAUAUACAAGGUCUGGGAGUUGGCUUGGAAAAUUGUCAGAAGUCGUUAAACGAAUAUUUGGACUCGAAACGUCGCAUUUUCCCGCGUUUCUAUUUCAUAUCCACCGAUGAGUUGCUCUCAAUUUUGGGCAGCAGUGAGCCAUCUGCAGUGCAGAACCACAUCAUUAAGAUGUACGACAAUGUCAAGUCUCUGCGCCUGGUCAAGGAAGGCAGCCUCACAGUUGUUACCGCCAUGAUAUCCAGCGAGGGCGAGGUUAUGGAGUUUCGUAAUAUCAUACGAGCACAGGGUCGCGUCGAGCAUUGGAUGAACGAUGUGCUGGAUGAAAUGCGCAUCUCGAAUCGCUACAUAACCAAGACCUGCAUCUACGACUUUGGCACCGAUCUGGUAAUUUCAAGGCCGGACUGGUUAAUGAAUUACCAGGGCAUGGUCGGGCUGGCGGCCAGUCAAGUCUGGUGGACGGCCGAGGUGGAGGAGGCAUUCGAUCAGGCCCAGAAUCAUGGCAACAUGCGAGCCAUGAAGGAUUUCCUCAACAAGAGCAACUAUCAAAUUGAAGAGCUUGUGCUGAAAGUGCGUUCCAAUUUGUCGCGCAACGAUCGACUCAAGUUCAAGGCAAUCUGCACCAUUGAUGUGCAUGCUCGUGACAUUAUCGACAACUUUGUGCGCGACAAUGUGCUGGAUGCCAGUGAAUUCAGUUGGGAGAGUCAGCUGCGCUUCUAUUGGGUCAAGUUUUAUGACAAUCUGCAUGUCAUACAAUGCUCCGGUAGCUUCGACUAUGGCUACGAGUACAUGGGCCUCAAUGGUCGUCUUGUCAUUACUCCGCUGACGGAUCGCAUCUAUUUAACAAUCACCCAAGCCUUGCUUAUGAAUCUGGGCGGAGCUCCAGCUGGUCCCGCGGGCACAGGUAAGACCGAGACUGUCAAGGAUCUGGCCAAGGCAAUGGGAUUGCUCUGUAUGGUCACCAAUUGCGGUGAGGGCAUGGACUUCAGAGCUGUGGGUACUAUUCUAUCGGGUCUUGUGCAGUGUGGCGCCUGGGGCUGCUUUGAUGAAUUCAAUCGCAUUGAUAUCUCUGUGCUCAGUGUCAUCUCGACACAGCUGCAAACUAUUCGCAAUGCCUUGAUACGCAAACUUAAGCGUUUUGUGUUUGAAGGCGUUGAGAUCAGCAUGGAUCCAAAGUGUGGUGUCUUUGUGACCAUGAACCCUGGUUAUGCUGGUCGCACAGAGCUGCCGGAGUCUGUGAAGGCGCUGUUUCGGCCUGUCACCUGCAUCAAGCCUGAUCUGGAGCUUAUUUGCCUCAUCUCGCUAUUCUCUGACGGCUUUCUAACGGCCAAGGUGCUGGCCAAAAAGAUGACUGUGCUCUAUGCGCUGGCCCAGGAGCAGCUGUCGAAGCAAUGUCACUACGAUUGGGGCUUACGUUCGCUAAACUCUGUGCUGCGAAUGGCUGGCGUUAUGAAGCGACAGUCAGAGGAUCUGCCCGAGGCUGUGGUCCUGAUGCGUGUGCUGCGUGACAUGAACUUUCCCAAGUUCAUAUUCGAGGAUGUGCCACUGUUCUUGGGUCUUAUUAAAGAUCUAUUUCCUGGCAUUGAUUGUCCACGCAUCGGUUAUCCGGACUUUAAUGCGGCUGUGCGUCAUGUGCUUGUCAACGAUGGAUAUAUUCUGCUGCCCGAUCAGGAAGACAAAGUGGUGCAAAUGUACGAGACCAUGAUGACCCGACACUCGACCAUGCUUGUGGGUCCAACAGGUGGCGGCAAAACUGUCGUCAUAAAUGCUCUGAUCAAAGCGCAAACCCACAUGAGCUUGCCCACCAAGUGCACCGUGCUUAACCCCAAGGCAUGCUCGGUAAUCGAGUUGUAUGGAUAUUUGGAUAUGGAGACGCGCGAUUGGAUCGAUGGAUUAUUUUCAAAUAUAUUCCGUGAAAUGAAUAGGCCACUGGAGCGUGAGGAACGACGCUAUGCUUGCUUUGAUGGCGACGUCGAUGCACUGUGGAUUGAGAACAUGAACUCUGUAAUGGAUGACAACAAGCUGCUGACAUUGGCGAACGGCGAGCGCAUACGACUCGAGAACUAUUGUGCUCUACUCUUUGAAGUGGGCAAUCUGUAUUAUGCCUCGCCAGCUACAGUUUCACGUGCCGGCAUGGUCUAUGUGGAUCCCAAGAAUCUACGUUACAGUCCCUACUGGCAACGUUGGGUCCUAACUCGACCGGAGCCACAGCGGGAGCUGCUCAACGACUUCUUCGAGAAGAUCAUCACAAAUGCCAUUGCGUUCAUCUUGGAGGGUCUAGAUGGCACCACUCAAGGCAAUCCUCUUAAGCUCGUCAUCAUGCAGACAGAUCUCAAUAUGGUCACGCAAUUCUGUAAUCUAUACGAUGCAUUGCUGCCAACCUAUGGACCACCUGAAAAUAAAGCCUCGGAUGAACCUGUAGUGAAGGUCUACAACACGGAUAGUUUGGAGUGCUGUUUUCUGCAGGCUGUUUAUGGAUCCCUCGGCGCUUGUUUGCUGGAAAAACAUCAGAUUGUGUUCGAUGAGUAUAUGAAACGUAUUGCUGGCUUUCCUUUGGUGCAGGACACACGCGAAUCCCCUGCUUCUGGUGGACAGUUUCCGCAGGGCAAGCCAACGCUCUAUGACUAUUUCUGGGACAUUAACGAGAACUGCUGGAUGGCUUGGGAGUGGGUUGUCAAGCCAUAUACCCAUGAUCCGAGUGUAAAAUUCAGUGAGAUUCUUGUGCCCACCGUGGACAAUACGCGUACCAAUCGCGUACUUGGCCUCAUGAGUGAAAUCAAACGACCUGUGCUGCUUGUCGGUGAGGCUGGCACAUCAAAGACGGCAACUAUCAUGCAGUAUUUGCGGAAUCUCAAUCCAACUGUCAAUAUCAUACUCAAUAUUAAUUUUUCAUCGAGAACAUCAUCGUUGGAUGUGCAACGCACAUUGGAGGCUGCGGUCGAGAAACGCACCAAGGAUACGUAUGGGCCACCGAUGGGAAAGAAAAUUGCUUGCUUUAUUGAUGACAUGAACAUGCCUCAGGUGGAUGAGUAUGGCACUCAACAGCCGAUUGCUCUGCUGAAGUUGUUCUUUGAGCGUGGCGGCAUGUUUGACCGUGACAAGGAUCUCAACUGGAAGAAGUUUAAGGAUAUGACAUUCUAUGCUGCCAUGGGCACCGCAGGCGGUGGUCGCAAUGAGGUCGAUCCACGUUUCAUUAGCAUGUUCUCCACCUACAACAUUGUCUUUCCCAACGAUGAGUCCCUCAUUCAAAUCUAUUCAUCCAUUUUCAAGGGUCAUCUGGAUUAUACGAAAUUCCAUCAGCGAUACAUGUUGAUUGCCGACAUGAUUGUUGUAAUGACACUCAAGUUAUUCAAGUUGGUCAUUGUGGAUCUGCCGCCGACGCCUUCGAAAUUCCAUUACAUUUUCAAUCUCAAGGAUCUGUCGCGUAUCUUUGCGGGCAUGCUAUUGAUACUGCCGGCGAAUUACAAAAAUCUUCGCGAGUUCAUUCGUGUCUGGCGCAACGAAUUCACUAGGAUUAUAUGCGAUCGUCUCAUCUCAAAGAAUGACGUCAAAAAUGUCAAUCGCUAUUUGGAAGUUGAAGUGGGCGAGCGUUUUCCACCCGAGUUUGAAGAAGAGCACGGCUUUAUUGACCUUGAAGCUGCAGCAGCAGAAGCCCAGGCACGUCUUAUGUAUGAAGCCUUUGCCGAAGACGCCGCUGCCGCUGCAGCUGAUGAGGAAGGCGGUGAAGAGGAAGAUGAUGAAUUGGAAGGUCCAGAAGUGGUGCUCUCACUAAAGGAUUAUGUGUUACGGGAUCCUCUUGUGUUUGGCGAUUUCCGCAAUUUCACCAAUGAAUCAGAGCCGCGUCACUAUGAAGAUCUCGUUGAUUACAACGCCGUGUUCCAUUUGUUUACCGAAAUCCUAGACGAGUACUGUGAACGUAAGCAAAAAAUGACUCUAGUGCUCUUUGAAGAUUGCUUGGAGCAUUUAACGCGUGUGCAUCGUACACUUCGCAUGAAUCGUGGUCAUGUUCUGCUAGUCGGUGUCGGUGGUUGUGGUAAAAAGUGUGUUACUCGUCUCUCAGCUUUUGCAGCUGAGUGUGAGGUGUUUGAGAUCACCAUAUCCCGUGGUUACAAUGAGACAUCUUUCCGUGAGGAUCUCAAGAUAUUGUACAACAUUGCGGGAGUAAAACGCAAAAAGGUUGUGUUCCUGUUCACAGCAGCACAGAUAGCCGAAGAGGGUUUCCUGGAGCUGAUCAAUAAUAUUCUGACAGUGGGUCAAGUGCCGGCUCUGUUCACAGAUGAGGAUAAGGAUGGCAUUGUGAAUCAAACGCGCAAGUUUGCCGAAGAGGAGGGUUUGUCUGCUUCCAAGGACUCUGUUUGGGCGUACUUCUUGCGCUGCUGCGCCGAGAAUCUGCAUGUUGUGCUUUGUAUGUCACCUGCUGGCGACGCUUUGCGUAAUCGUUGCCGCAGUUUCCCUGGUCUAAUUGGCAGCACCUACAUUGACUGGGUGUUCCCCUGGCCCAAGCAGGCGCUGUAUGCUGUGGCCAAACUUUUCCUAACCGAGCAUGCCUUGAUACCAGCACUGCAUCGCGAAGCCAUUAUCGAACAUGUGGUUCAUGUGCACAUGACAAUUCAGGAGUACUCCAAGGAUUAUCAAGCGAAACUCAGACGCAGUAACUUUGUAACGCCGAAACAUUAUUUGGACUACAUUAACACCUAUCUGGGAUUGUUGGAGGAGAAGCACAAACAUAUUAACCAGCAGCGAGAACGUCUCGGUGAAGGCAUCAAGAAAAUCGAAGAGGCAUCUGUGCAAAUUGAUGAGCUGCGCAUCAUAGUGACAGAGCAGAAGAAAAACGUGGCCGUUGCAUCCGAGGAGUGUGAGGCCAUGUUGGUAACGAUUGAAUCAUCGACGCAAAAGGCCAAUACGAAGAAGGCGGAAGCAUCCGAGAAAUCUGUGGAAGUGGAAAUCAAGGGGAAACAAAUUGCUAUUGAAAAGGAUGAGGCCGAAUUGAUUCUAGCUGAUGCGAUGCCAGCUCUAGAGGAAGCCAGACGUGCACUGUCCGAACUGGAGAAGGCACAGAUUACAGAGAUCCGUUCGUUUGCCACGCCUCCUGCCGCGGUGCAAGUUGUGUGCGAAUGCGUGGCCAUAUUGAAGGGCAUCAAGGAAAUCAGUUGGAAGAGCGCCAAGGGCAUGAUGAGCGAUGUGAAUUUCCUUAAGAGUUUGAUGGAAAUGGACUGCGAGGCCUUGACCCAAAAGCAAAUUACUUCGUGUCGCAAUCACAUGAAAACCCAAAACUUGGAUGACAUGGGCAAAAUUUCCAUAGCUGGCGCCGGUUUGCUGAAGUUCGUUAAAGCUGUGCUUGGCUUCUUCGAUGUCUACAAAGAAGUGAAACCUAAAAAGGAGCGUGUCGAUUUCUUGGUCGAAGAACAGGAAGUGCAAAUCAAGCUGCUCACCCAUUUGAAUUCAGAAAUUCAAAAGUUAGAGGAGAAACUGGAUCAACUCAAUGAGAACUAUGCGGUGUCCAUGCGGCAAAUGAGAGCUUUAACCGAGAUGAUGCAACAGGCAGAAAGACGUUUGAUCGCUUCCGAUAAACUGAUCAGUGGAUUAACAUCGGAAUUGAUACGCUGGAGCAAAGAAAUGGCUAGCUUAGGACAACAGUUGAUUGAUAGCUUGGGAUUGUGUUUAAUAAGCGCUUCAUUUUUGGCAUACACCGGCGCCUUCACCUGGGAGUUCCGCAAAGCCAUGGUCUUUGAUGACUGGCUGGAAGACAUCAUCUCGCUGGGCAUACCAGUUAAACUUCCCUUCAAAAUCGAUGCCAAUUUGACCAACGAUGUGGAGAUCUCACAAUGGUCCAACGAGGGGUUGCCACCCGAUGAACUCUCGCUACAAAAUGGCAUCCUGACCAUGCGUGCUUCGCGUUUCCCACUCUGCAUUGAUCCUCAGCUGCAGGCAUUGAUGUGGAUUCGCAAGAAGGAAUAUCGAAAUAACCUCAAAGUACUGUCGUUCAGCGAUUUUGAUUUCCUGAAGCAGCUGGAAAUGGCCAUAAUGUAUGGCUUACCAGUGCUAUUUGAGGAUGUGGAUGACUAUAUUGAUCCCGUUAUCGACGAUGUGCUGCAAAAGAAUGUGCGUGUUCAAGGCGGUCGCAAGUUUACUAUUUUGGGUGACAAGGAAGUCGACUGGGAUCCAAAAUUCCGUUUGUAUUUGACUACCAAGUUCUCGAAUCCCAAAUUCGAUCCGGCUGUUUAUGCCAAGGCCUUGGUCAUCAACUACACUGUCACACAGACUGGUCUCGAGGAUCAGCUGCUCAGUGUUGUGGUGGGCACAGAACGUCCAGAUCUGGAGCAGCAACGUGAAUCUCUCAUAGCACAGACCAGUGAAAAUAAGCAACUGCUGCAGCAACUCGAAGAUUCGCUGCUGCGUGAGUUGGCCACAUCAACGGGCAACAUGUUGGACAACGUCGAGCUGGUAGAGACGCUAGAAAAUACCAAAUCCAAGGCUGGCCUAGUGAUGGAGCAACUGAAACUUGCCAGCGACACCGCUGCCGACAUCGAAGUACUUCGUAAUGGUUAUCGAGCGGCUGCCAAGCGAGGUGCCGUUCUCUUCUUUGUCCUGGCGGACAUGGCCACCGUGAAUAGCAUGUAUCAAUAUGCUCUCGCCGCCUACCUUGAUCUCUUUGUCUACUCAUUGCGCAAAGCUGUGCCAGACACAGUGUUGGCCAAGCGUUUGAAUAACAUUAUCAAGACAUUAACGGAGAACGUUUAUAGCUACGGUUGCACGGGCAUCUUUGAACGGCACAAACUGCUAUUCUCCUUCCAGAUAGCCACAAAGCUGGCACAACGCGAUGGGGUCUUAUCACAACAGGAGAUUGAUUUCUUCAUCAAGGGCAGCAUUGCUUUAACCAAAAGCGAACGAGCCAAUCCGACCAAGUGGUUGCCAGAGAAGAGUUGGGAAGAUUUGCUGAAGUUGGCUUUUGAUUUCCCAGAUACGUUUGGUACAUUACCCGAUCAUUUUAGUCGUUACUUGGAUGAAUGGAAAGAGUGGUACGACUUAGAGAAUCCCGAGGAGGUGGCAUGCCCGGGCAGCUAUAACGUCAAUUGCAAUGCAUUCCAGAAAUUAUUGUUCCUUCGCUGUUUCCGAGUGGAUCGAAUUUUCCGUAGUAUAAAUCAAUACAUUGUGGACACCAUGGAUGAGUACUUCAUUAUGCCACCAGUUGUGAGCUUCUCAGGCAUUUAUGAGCAAACGACCUGCAUGAUUCCCGUUUGUUUUGUACUCAGCGCCGGCUCAGAUCCCACCAAUGAUCUGAUUAAGCUAGCCGACAUUGUCAUGGGUGGCAUGUCCAAUUUCUGUCACAUUUCACUGGGUCAGGGACAGGAAAAAACGGCUAUGAAUAUGCUGGACAAUGCACUCAAACAGGGUCAAUGGUUGAUGCUACAGAAUGGUCAUUUGUUGGUCAAAUUUGUGAGGGAAUUGGAAAAGUUCUUAGACAAAGUGGAGAAUCCGCAUCCAGACUUCCGAUUAUGGAUCACCACAGAUCCCACGCCGACCUUCCCAAUUGGCAUACUGCAGAAGUCAUUGAAAGUUGUCACUGAACCUCCAAACGGCUUGAAACUGAAUCUACGCUCAACAUACUUCAAAGUACGUCAGGAUCGUCUGGAGGCUUGCUCUCAUCGUGCCUAUCGCUCGCUAAUCUAUGUGCUAGCCUUCUUCCAUGCUGUUGUGCAAGAGCGUCGCAAAUACGAUAAACUUGGCUGGAACAUAGCGUACGAUUUCAAUGAUACAGACUUUGAGGUUUGCACUGAAAUACUGCGCAACUAUUUGAGUCGCUGUGCCGAAGAUAAAAUACCCUGGAAUAGCUUAAAGUAUCUGAUUGGCGAAGUGAUGUAUGGCGGACGAGUGAUCGAUGACUUCGACAGGCGCAUCACAAAUUGCUAUAUGAAUGAAUAUAUGGGCGAUUUCCUGUUCGAUGUAUUCCAAUCUUUUCACUUUUAUGAGGAUGAGCAUGUGGACUAUUGUCUGCCCGAUGAGGAGAUCGUACUAAAGGAGGACUAUAUAGCUCACAUUGACAAACUGCCGCUGGUCAAUAAGCCGGAUGUAUUUGGUCUGCAUCCAAACGCGGAAAUCGGUUAUUACACAAUGGCGGCGCGCAACAUUUGGAACAGUCUGAUUGAGUUGCAGCCACAAACUGGCGAGGGCACCGGCGGCAUCAGUCGGGAUGACUUCAUCGACGGUGUGGCUGCGGGAAUAUUGAAAAAACUGCCGCCAGCGUUUGAGACGUGGCGCAUCCGCAAGCAAAUCCAGAUGAGUCUGUCACCAACGGGUGUGGUGCUGUUGCAGGAGCUGGAUCGCUUUAAUACGUUGGUGGUGCGCAUCAAGAAGACGCUCGAACUGCUUCGUAAGGCCAUCGCUGGUGAAAUCGGCAUGGACAAUGUGCUAGACAAUGUUGCCAACUCGUUAUUUAAUGGCCUGCUGCCAGUAGUGUGGAGCAAACUGGCGCCGGCCACAUGUAAACAAUUGGCCAGCUGGCUGGUGCACUUAAAGAAUCGUGCUGUCCAAUACAAGUAUUGGUCGCUAUCCGGCGAGCCGUUGGUCAUGUGGCUGUCUGGUCUGCACAUUCCACAGAGCUACCUGACGGCUCUUGUUCAGAUUGCCUGUCGCAAAAACGCCUGGCCAUUGGAUCGUUCUACGUUGUUUACUUAUGUGACCACAUACUCAGAGCCCGAUGACGUUGAACAGCGCCCAGAGACGGGUUGCUAUGUGCAUGGUCUGUAUAUAGAGGGCGCACGCUUUGACAUGCCGACUAAUCAGCUGAUGCGUUCGCAUCCAAAAGUUCUGGUCGAAGAGCUGCCCAUUCUGGCCGUUGUCCCCAUUGAAGCGCACCGGCUUAAGCUACAGAACACUUUCCUGGCGCCUGUUUACACCACAUCGCUGCGCCGCAAUGCCAUGGGAGUUGGUCUGGUAUUUGAGGCUAAUCUGGCAACCUCUGAGGAUCUCAGUCAUUGGAUAUUACAGGGCGUAUGCUUAACCUUAAACACAGAUACAUAGAAACGACUAUUGGCAUUUCUUACAAGAUUUACUUUACUCGCUUUCAAAUAUAUCUGUAGUGUAGAUCAUCUAGUAUUGGCAAUUAUAUAUUAUAAUUAUGUUAAGUAU